AAUGGUCAGUUGAUCACAGUUCCUGGAACAGUCACCCAGGGCUACCAGACUGGAGAAACAGUUGAUGUUCAACUUGAUUUAUCAGAUCAUGAAUUGAAACGUCUAGCCUCCAAAGACAAAAAAGACAAAUGUGGUUGUGGUCUGAAUCAGGGUCCACACAUAGUUUUAUUUUCUGUGAUUUUUAUUCCUAUUGCAUGGGUAAUGUCCCUUGGUAUGGCAUUUUAUAUGGGAGUGAUCACCCUUUAUAAUAUAUAUUUGUAUUUUAGUGAAGAACGGACAAUAUGGCAUAAAAUAACAGUGUGUCCGAUUCUAGUUUUAACUUUUCCAUUUACAGUUGGGUUAUGUGCUAUUGGCAUUGCAUUUUAUUCAUGCAUUGUUCAGGUUUCCUGGAGAUACAAGUCAUGGCUUCGUGAAGUGUUUGAUUUUGAGAAAGGAUUUUAUGGAUGGUUGUGUUUAAAGUUAGAUUUACCCCAUUGUGCUCCAUAUGAUGUCGUUAUUUUAGAUGAAUCU